AGUACGACACUGAAGUGAAAAUGUCCAACUCUGAGUUGCAUAAAGAACCAAAACAGAUAAAUAAUAUUAAUAACAGCAGUAGUAAUAAUAAAAAUAAUAAUGUUAAACCCCAACAACAGCAACAGCAGGAAAGGAGAAAAAAUAAAAAGAUUGAUAAGGUGCAAUGUGAUGGCAGGUUGAAAAUUAUAAUAAACAGAGAAAAUGAAUUGCGAGCCAGAUGGCCGGAACGGUGGGGCUUUUAUUCAAAAAAUAACGUGGAAAAAAUGUGGAGCGAACAUGCUGUCAAUUUAGGACUACCGGAAAAUUUUAUUGAUCUCAGAAGACAGAGACUACGUAAACAAGAUAUUAUUCAACCGUUGAUCGAAGUAGUACCAUCACCGAUGUGCGUUCCCAUAACGUCGUCGGGUUUUGUAGGAUGGCGUUCUGCACAAAGUAUUUGCAAUUUAGAAAUGUUUGGCAGGAAUUGUGAUUACAAUAAACUAGAUACUAGAAUGUUAAAAUCAGACAACGAGCCAGAUCAAAAACAACAAAGAUUUAUAAUUCUAGGAUAAAUAAUUUAUGUUUAUUAAAAAAGAGGUCGAGUAAUUAUUUUUAAAUAACUACAACAACUGGUGACUUUUCUCCUUAUUAAUAUGAUGGAUUCACUUCAACUAUAACCAGUUUUUCUCAAUUUAAAAAGUCUAAAAACAUCAAGUGUUAAAUGACAAAAACCAAUUAGGUUUUAAUGAUAUUAGUGGUAUUACACAUGUUGAAAAAAUAUAGGUAAUAAAAAUAAAUGUGCAAGCAUAAC